AAUUAAAAUAGGCAUUUUGUUGGUACUCACGAGGAAUAGAAGAGAGAGGAGGUAUAUUUGGAACCGGUGGCUGCUCAACUGCUUGCAAUCAGGUCCCUCGCAAACUUUAGAAUAGAGGAAGGAAAAAGGUAGGACUGAGAGAUAGAAGCUCUGGAUUCCCCUUCCGUCCCAAGCGACGGUUCAUAUGCCGGUUGGCUGUCAGGUUGUGCCGGACUUGGAUCUAGACGGCUUCAUUUCCUUCAUUAAGACAUGGAGCAAGUGUGCUUCUGGUCAAAUUGCUUCCAGUUUCGGGUUUUUUCAUUUCAUGAAGUGCUCGACUGGCGGUUUCUUGUCCUUGGAGACUUUCUUUUGGUUUCCUUUGUUAAUUGCACUUAGUGGUCAAUUUUACUUUAAUGAACAUAAGCUGGAGGCGUGAUGCAAAAUUUUUCUGAGAUAGGUGUUGGAUCUUUGGUGAACUUGUUCAAUGCAUUGUUGAUACAACAUCCAGUCAUAGCUUUUGGGAACACGUCUUCUGGGGGUUAAAGUCUGCAAGGAACCCAUUGAAAGCUGCUUAGGUAGUUAAUAUUUAGAUAAGCCAUUACAUCAAAUCUCUGGAGACUGUAGUUCUUAGAAAAUGGUUGCUCCUGAUGUGUACUGGUGUUGAGUGUCAAAAUAUCAGGUUACUGAACAAUUUCUACAUUGUGUAGAUGAGGUAGCUUUUUAUUGUGUUAGCGAACCCUUUAUUGACUGUCUUUAAGUAUAGGCUGUUGGCUACAACAAUCAUUCUGGUAGGUUCCUACUUCUGUGUUUGGUGCCAAUAUGUUCUACAGUCCUCGUUUUGUACUGCCGUUCAUGCUUGCUAGCAAUCUCGAAGCUGUGGGUAUAGAAAUGAAUGAGCCCAUCCAUCAAGAACAUUCUGGUUUAGUGCUCACAAUUACCUUUACAGAAAAUUAACUGGAGAUAGCUGGAACCAAGGCUUUUGUUCUUCCUAUUAGGGAUCAUCUAUCUUAGAUGUCAUUAGUAUUUUUGAGUCUUAUUUUUUGUGAAUAAAGGAGCUUCUUUGUGCUUCGCGAAGAGAAUGGAGAGGUACAAAUUAAUCAAGGAAGUUGGUGAUGGAACAUUUGGGAGUGUGUGGCGAGCUAUUAAUAAGCAAUCCGGUGAAGUUGUUGCGAUUAAAAAGAUGAAGAAAAAAUAUUACUCAUGGGAAGAGUGUGUUAAUCUGAGAGAAGUUAAGUCAUUGCGGAAAAUGAAUCAUCCAAAUAUUGUGAAACUCAAGGAAGUCAUACGGGAAAAUGACGUACUGUACUUUGUUUUUGAGUACAUGGAGUGCAACCUUUAUCAACUUAUUAAGGACAGGGAAAAGCUAUUCUCAGAAGCUGAAGUCAGGAAUUGGUGUUUCCAAGUGUUUCAAGGUCUUUCUUACAUGCAUCAGCGAGGAUAUUUUCAUCGCGACUUGAAGCCAGAGAACUUGUUGGUAACAAAGCAUCAAAUUAAAAUUGCCGAUUUUGGUCUUGCUCGAGAAAUUGACUCAGAACCACCCUAUACAGAGUAUGUCUCAACACGAUGGUAUCGGGCCCCAGAGGUGCUGCUUCAGUCAUACCUAUAUAGUUCCAAAGUUGAUAUGUGGGCAAUGGGUGCUAUCAUGGCUGAGUUAUUCACUCUUCGUCCUCUUUUUCCUGGUACAAGUGAAGCAGAUGAGAUCUACAAAAUAUGCAAUAUAAUAGGCAGUCCAACAAAGGACUCUUGGGCUGAUGGGCUUAAUCUUGCAAGGGCUAUUAACUAUCAAUUCCCACAGUCAGUUGGUGUCCACCUUUCUGCACUCAUUCCAUCAGCAAGUCGUGAUGCAACCAACCUUAUUGAGAUGCUAUGUUCUUGGGAUCCAUGCAAGAGGCCUACAGCUGGAGAGGCACUUCAACAUCCUUUUUUCCAGAGUUGCUUUUAUGUUCCGCCAACCCUUCGUUCCAGAGCACCUGCUAGUAGGACUCCUCCAUCUGCUGGAACAAAGGCCACCUUGGAGCAGCAAUGUGCUAGGAGGAAUCCAGUGGUAUUGUCCAACUCAAAAGUCAGUCACAGUUUUCAAUCUCCAAAAUUCAAUGCUUCCUUGAGCACAGGUGCACCGCGUAAAUUGGACAUGGUUAGCCAGGACGCAAGUAGGAAUGAUAAAUCAUUUAAGAGUGCUACCAAACAACAGAUAUAUAAACCACCAGGAAAGAAGAGCCCAACUGCUAUUAACAAGGCUAGAGCUGCACGUGGGUUUUCAGAUGCAGCUGAUAAGUUUUCCAGUAUGACGAUUAGUUCUCACAGGAAGAUUGGCUCACAAGCUAAGCCACCACCUAUGAAAGCUGGAGUGUAUUGGACAGCUGAUUCUGGUGACAUGUUUCUCAGACCAACACAUCAAUUUCAACCUGGCCGUACCUAUACUAGGAAAGUUGUGGGUUGACUUGUUUGGAGGUGACUAAUUGAGAGGGCUCUCAGUUUGUUGUGUAAUGUUCGAGCACAAUAGUUGGGAAUUCUAGCUAUGUUUCUGUGGUGUGGUGUGGAGUGGAGUUGAUAUUGAAGCUUAUUAUGUUUUUCCCCCUCGAAUGAUUGUGGUGCUUGGAGUUUAUAAAUUGAGAUCUAUUGGUGUUUUUGUUGUCAUAUAUAAAGUGUUUAUUACCGUUCGACUUA